AAUAAAUUAAAAAGAUCCUGAUAUAAAGCUCUCGGCAUUUAACGCCAACCAAUAAGAUGAGUCCACGUCUCAUCUCCGUCGCCAUUUUUCCUCUGCGCCUCUUUUCCAAGCACAAAGCUGUGCACGCACCUGGCUUUCACCAAAAGAACCCCUAAAUAAAAAAACCAAAAACCCUCUAAAUCACCCACUCAAAUUUCCUUAAUUAAACGCCAUUUGAACAAAAUCAAAUUCAAAACCCAUCCCAUUGGUAUCUCCACUUUCUCGCAGAAGAAAAAAUCAGAAAAAAUAAAUAAAUAAAAACAGCAAAAAUUUGGGAGAGGACUUUGUGUUUUUUAAUCGUUUGCUUUCACUUUUGUUUGCGCUGGUUUUGAGCUCGGCCGACCGAGGCCUUUCCUGAAGCUGAAGAUUUUUGAUUUUUUUUUUAUUUGUUUUUUUGUGGGCAAUGGCUCAAUCGACGAGGAGGUACCAAAUGGUGGGGGAUUAUAUGGUGGGCAAGCAGAUUGGCGAGGGUUCGUUCUCGACGGUGUGGCACGCGCGCCACCGUGCCCACGGAACGGAGGUCGCGAUCAAGGAGAUCGUCACCUCACGGCUGAACCCCAAAUUGCAGGAGAGCCUCAAGUCGGAAAUUUUUAUACUGAAGAGGAUUAAUCACCCGAAUAUCAUCCGAUUGCACGACAUGAUCGAGGAAUCUGGUAAGAUAUACAUUAUAUUGGAGUAUUGCAAAGGAGGAGAUCUUUCCAUUUAUAUUCAACAACGCCAAGGGAAAAUCUCUGAGGAAACUGCAAAACAUUUUAUGCAGCAGCUCGCGGAGGGUCUAAAAGUUCUUCGUGAAAACAACCUUAUACACCGGGAUUUAAAGCCGCAGAAUCUCCUCCUUUCCACAAACGGUGACAAAAGUGUCUUGAAGAUUGCCGAUUUCGGAUUUGCCAGAUCUCUACAACCUAGAGGCCUUGCCGAAACUUUAUGCGGUUCACCUCUUUACAUGGCUCCAGAGAUAAUGCAGCUCCAAAAAUAUGAUGCUAAGGCAGAUCUCUGGAGUGUUGGUGCCAUUCUUUUCCAGCUUGUAACCGGAAAAACCCCAUUUACUGGAAAUAAUCAGAUAGAGCUGCUCCAGAACAUCAUAAAAUCGACUGAAUUGCAAUUUCCACCAAAGGCAGUGGAUUUGAAUCCGCUCUGCAAGGAUUUAUGUAGGAAAUUACUGCGUCGUAAUCCAGUGGAGCGGCUGACAUUCGAAGAAUUUUUUAACCAUCCGUAUCUGUCAAAUGAGCAGCCCGUUGAGUUCCUCGGAAAUAAUCAGUCUCAAAGAAAGACCGAUGUAUUUUCUCUUUCCACAAGGAAUAAUACAGAUCAAUCUUUGCAAGAAGAUUGCUUGCCGUUCAGUCUGGAUGAAGAUUCGAGUCCCUCUUACCAAACGAAGCCCACUAUGAAAUCAUUAUAUGGAUUUUCUCCCAAAACGAAGCACGAAAACACGAAGGAUGUAUCUAACAUUGGAAACAAAACAGACCCUUCAACAUAUAGUGGAAUUUUAAAACCCCGUUUUUCUGAAGGAAUCCUCGCGAAAGAGUCUCUUAAAACCGCUAAGAGCCCGGUAAUACUAGAAAUAACUAAUCCGAAAGUUACAGACUCGCUCGAGUCGAUUGACCAGGAUUAUGUAAUUGUGUCCGGUCCUCUAAUGGACUUAUCAUCCAAAACCGGCACCAAACCUCUUUAUUCCGAGAACGUGGGCCCCACGAGUGCUCCAUUGCCAAUAGUUCGUGGAGCAAAUGGUGGGCUCGAUAAUCACACUGGAAGUGUCGAAGGUAGACAAUUAUCUUCUCCCGAGAUUUCAGAAGGGUCAAUAGACGUAAUAACAGACGCUUUAGAUCAACCGUCAACCGACCACACAACAAGAAUCAGUUCCUUGCGGCAAUAUGCAGCCGUCAUUACUGAACUAGUUAACGAUAAGAUGGAUGGAGGAAAAGAGGUCGAAGCCUUUUCGGUUCAGCUUGUGAUUCUUGCUAUUUGGAAACAAGCGUUGCAUAUUUGUCAUACUCAUGCAGCUUCGGCUGCUGACGGGAGUCCCGGCCGAGAGAUUACAGAUUUUCAAGAGUCCAUUGAUAAUACGACUAAGGCACAAGGGCCACUCGAUAUCUGUUCCGAGAUAGAGGGAGCAUUUCUUCACGAGUUCGAGCGAGCUGAGGAACUUGCUAAACUAGUGGACCAUGGAAAUGUGGAGUUGCCAGAUGCAAUGGAAUUGGUAUAUCAGUCUGCCCUUGCAUUAGGUAGACAUGGAGCGGUGGAUGAAUAUAUGGGAGAUAUCGAGAGUGCUGUGAUCUUCUACUCGAAAGCAUCGUGUUUACUAAUGUUUCUCCUGGUCGAAGCUCCGUGCCUCAUUUUGAAUCCGCCAUUUUCGUUGACAAAUUCAGACCGUUAUCGCAUAAAAAAUUACAUCGAUGUCCUCAACAACAGGCAAAGUGUUUCCAGGUCCCAAAGAGUGGCUGUUCUGAAUAUGGAGAAUCAGGCACACACACUUACUUAAUCUUAUGUAAUAAAAAGCUUAAACUGGUUCGAAACAUGAAUUUCGUUUUUUUUUUUUAAAAUUUUCGGCUUUCUAUUUAUUAUUAUUGUUCUGUUAUUUUUGAUAGCUGCAUGUAUGUACAAAAUUAGUAUGUUAGUGUUCUGGACUUGCAUGUCAAGUUGUACAGAGGG